AUGGUAGAGGCACGCAAGGAACAUGUUUACGCAGUUUAGGUUUUCGAACGCAAAAAAAAACCCCACCCCAAGCGUUGCAAAGGUUUGCUGCGGGUGAACGGCUGCUCGCUCCUGCUGUUGCUUGGCAAGGAAAAGUUAGUCGGUGUCGACAUCCUGAUCCGCGUUUACGGUGGUGGUCAUGUCACCCAAGUCUACGCCAUCCGCCAAUUCAUUCCCAAGGAGCUGUUUUCUUUCUACCAGAAGUAUGUGGAUGAAGCCUCUUGCAAGGAACUGAAGGAUAUCCUGAUUCAGUUCGGCCGUACCCUGCUAGUUGCCGAUCCCCGCCUUUGCAAUCCGAAGAAGUUUGGAAGUCCAGGUGCCCACACUCGUUACGAGGAAUCAUUUAGUUAAAUUCUUGCAUUUGGUUACGGAUUUUGUUUUGCUCUGCUGGUCGUAGUUAUUUUGUAUUUCUCAGUUCAAUAGUUCCAUUGUCUGACGCAAUUUGAAAUUAAAGAAAGAUGUAGUACCGUCGUGCGGGGCUUCUUUAUACACUUUUUAUAGGGUUUUCAACUUUAUGACAUUAUAACUCCCAGAGCAGUGAAUGUAUUUCCACAAUUUUUACACAUAAUAAUUGUGAGUAUGUAUGUAGGAUGCAUGCAAAAUUUGAACUAAAUCCAUCAAUAAACAAAAAAGUUGCCCAUACACCAAUCGGAGACAUCUCAUAUAGAACCAAAGGGGGGCUACUUUGGACAUUUAUAAUUAAAACAAAGCUGCAGUUAAAAUUCCGGGUUUAUUGAAAAUACUACUUUGUACCAGUACUGUUGUUUACUAUAUCAUACACAAUUUCAAUAAAUAUAUGCGUUUUUAGGUGGUUCUGUGCUACCUUUGGUAUUAUGAGCAGCGCGAUAUUUUAAUAUAGAAUUAAAGGCUGUCUGGGGGCCAUCAAUCCUUUAUUUAGGUUAAACGGUCAUUUAUAAUGUGUAUCGAUACAAAUAUUCGAUUGUAUAUGCUACGUCGAUACUUUUUGCACGAAUUGAGCACAGUCUUGCGAAUAAUCGCGACCAUCACGAGACAAUCACUUGAACCGCUUUCUGGAGUCACCGUUCCCAAGGUGAUACGAACCAGCUAGCGUGUCACGCCUGGAAUGACAAACAUGUUGUGGGUUCCACCCUUCGCAGCUUUGCAGCGAUAGCAGUUGCUGAGUAUGCUUCAGGCGGGUUGCGAGAAAAUCAAUCUCUCUGAGCAACGAUGAAUAACGGGCGAAGUGAGAGCGUUUGCCGUAGCCAGGGCGAACUGCGUGGUGCGCUCAAUGUGUGCGUUUAUAUUGAGCUAUGCAAAACGAAUAGGAUUUAUGACGUAGUACCGUGCUUGUGAUAAUACACAUGCAUAGUUUUACAUGCUGUUGCGCGUGCAUCUGCUUGAGGCCACGGAGAGAGUCAUGACACUCACAUGAGCCGUAUCCAAGUCAGGAUGAUUGUAGCAAAACAAGGGUGACCGGGUGACUAUAAUGGGAUUCUGUCUUUUCUGGUGUUAUCGACUGUAGAGAGAGCGAAUCAGAAACCGCAGAGACAGGGUGACACAAGCUUGGUGCUUAUCAGCUUUUUUGUGACUUGUACGCUGAUGCUUCGCGACACUGAUUGAGCAACCCUCUGAAAUUUAUGAACUGUAGAAACAAUGCUUACAGAGCAAAUGUUCUGAUACGUUAUGUAUAUUUUUAUGAUUCAUUCGAUGUUUUUUCGCCUCCUGACAAGCAAUAAAGGGUUUGUUUGAAUAACAAUUUCAACCAAAUGAAGGGGAAAAUAUUGCGUCAUAAUAGUCCCAAAGACAUCAAACAGAUUUGAACCAUAUUUCAAAUUCAAAAAAUCCAUAUUCAAAAGUGUCCAAAGUAGCCCCGUGUUUCAAAAGUAGCCCCGCACGACGGUAUUUAAUAUCACCAAUUAGACCAAAAAUGCUUCAAUAACUGUAUUUUGCAAAUGAAUGAAGUUUUACAUUUAUGUUGGAGGGCAUGUUUAAGCUCACUUUCACCCAACACAGCACUUGUCAAAGUUUUUGAUCAAAUAUGUUUGUUUCAAAUAUUUGAUCACUGGUUUCUGUGUCAAAAAUAUUUGAUUCGAUUUGAUCAAAUAUUUGGCAAAAUUGAACGAAGCAAAUAUUUGGCAUCAUAGCAAACAGUCUAAUGGCACCUUAACACACUCUUUGCUCUUCUUAACAACCUGAACAGUUUUUCAAACUUUUUACCCCUAUAUGUUCUGCAUGUAAGCUGUAGUUUGACGAUAAACAUGAAUUAAUUGAUAAAAGUUUGACCGCAAGAUAACGAGAGCAAAAAGUUUGUCGCAAAAUGAUGCUGACAAAAUCGGGACCUUACUGUAUCAGCAAUUAAUUUUCAACUUGCUGAACCAUUCAGCAAUUUUGACAGUUGAUCAGCAACGUUAAGCUGAAAUUCAGCAAUUUAAUUUGCUGUUUUUUUUGUGCUGGUGUGUAAGUUUCCUUUAACAUCCUCAAUAUCUCCUAAAAAUCCUCAACGUUCCCCAAAAAGCCCCAACUUCUAGCUUGCCUUUGACCUCCAAAUAUUUCCUAAAAUACCCAUCGUUCCCUAAAAAUCCUAAACUUUUCCAAAACAUCCCCAACGAUCUCUAAAAACCCCCAACGUUCCCUAAAAAUCCCCAACUUCUCCUAAAAUGUCCAACUUUAUGCUUAGAUUUACCAGAAGUAUCAUUUCCCAUGAAGACCGUCAUGAUUCCUAGCUUUCCUUUAACAUCCUCAAUAUCUCCUUAAAAUCCCCAACGUUGUCUAAAAAUUAAUCUGCCGUUGCAACGCACUAUAUGCACCGAAUUGUUGUAAUAAGCUAACCCUAUUCGUAAACCAAGAAGCACUAAAUUCUUUGAAGCGGAAUAAACACAGCUGUCAAAUCUGAGUGCGAGGGUUUUCAUUACCGCAACAGACAUGGUCCCGAAAAUCUGGAUUUUCCGAAAACUACAGUCAUCAGAUCGGCGCAACCACAUAUUUUCUAGACAUAUAAGGAGUUUCUGAGUUAAAUGAGUCAAAAAAAUUGAAAUCGGUGAAAAAUUGACGGAAAUAUGAUCAUUUCAGUUUCUUUUUUAUUUUUUUUAUUUAUUUCACCAUCUUCAGCUGGGCAGUACAGACUGAUUUAAUGCUUAAUUAUAUACUAUUCCUAGUAAUGUACUUAAAACGAGUUCUACUAUAUAACAAUCAACAUCAUUAAGUGCAUUGAAACAUCGCUCUAACGGAUUGUUUUGGCCGUAAACUGUAUGAUGCCGAGCAAUCAUGAAUGAAGUUCGCUGGCGUGUUCGGCGUGCAGGUACAAAGAAACGCGCUUGCUGAAGAAGCUCUGGGCAGUCAAUCCUGUUGCUAAGCACAUCGUACGCAAACAUUCUUUGUAUAGAUACAAGCGGCGCUUGCGCAAUGGCUCCAGUCUUAUAAGUUGACAUCGGUCGUUGUACGGUGGCAGCUCCAGUGGGUCAGACCACGGCAGCCUCCGUAGAGCAUAGCGAACGAAGCAGCGUUGGACCCUUUCUAUACGUCCGAUUGGACGUGAUGGACUCUCCAAAGCGAGUAAUCGAUGUUCGUUGCUGCAGGCUACGCAGCUAACCUUGUGGGUGCGAUGUGCACUAGCCCCUCUCUGAAGCAAUACCUUUUUGGUGGAUCCGGAGAGGCGUAGGGUUUGGCGACCAUAGGAAUGGUUUAGUGGGUACGAGGAGAGAGUAGUCCUGGAUUUUACUUUUGUUGUAGAAGACGGCCUGUCAGACCUACACUACCCUAACCUUCUGUUAGGGUGUCUGUUGAGCAGAUUAUCCCCCUACGGUUUAGAAGGAAAAAAAAUACGUCCGAUUUGAGUUUCCCUAUACGGAGCCCAGAUUUGAACCGCAUACUCGAGAAUACUUCGGACGAGUGAACAGUAAACACUUUUUAAGGCGUACGCAUCACGGAACUCAGACGCAUUCCGUCGGAUGAACCCAAGCACAGCAAAAGCCUUAGCGGUUGUCGAGGUCACGUGGUUGUUAAAGCUUAACUUGCUGUCCAUAAUUACUCCAAGAUCCUUGAUGGAGUUCACUCGUUCCAGCGCUAUCCCAUUUUCUCUGUAAUCAAAAGUCAACAGCGUUUGCGACUUGCUGAAACUAAUUAGCUUACACUUGAUCGCGUUGAGUUCCAUUCCGUUUGAAGCACACCAAGCAGCCACCACCGGGUAGCCACGUGGAUACUCGUGUACCCUGCCGGCUUACUUACCUUACCGGUCAGGCUAAGGCCGGGGUGGCCUCUGCUGUACAUAGUAGCCGCCUCCAUUCAACUCGGUCCAUGGCUGUUUGUCUCCAGUUCCGCACUCUGCGUAGGGUCCGCAGAUCGUCCUCCACUUGG